GUUCUACUAAGCUUUUAGAUUCUACUAAGCUUUUAUGUUCUAUUAAGCUUCCAGGUUCUACUAAGCUUUCAAAUUUUACUAAGCUUUUAAGUUCUACUAGACUUUCAAAUACUAUUGGUCUUUUAGGUUCAACUGAACUUUCAGAUUCUACUAAGCUUUUAGAUUUUUGCAUACUUUUGAACACUAAUGAGUUUUUUGAUUCAUUAAUUAUGAUA